UGAGCGAAGACCCUUUGCUGACGUCAGUGACGCAAUUGUUCCUGUUCCGAGCGGGUGUUGUGGAGACUGCCGCACGAUCUUCAAUUAAUACAAAAUGCCGAAAGUGAAGAGGAGUCGAAAACCACCUCCAGAUGGUUGGGAGCUUAUCGAGCCAACUUUAGAUGAGUUGGAUCAGAAAAUGAGAGAAGCUGAAACGGACCCACAUGAAGGAAAACGCAAAGUGGAGGCUCUGUGGCCCAUUUUCAGACUCCACCAUCAGCGCAGCCGCUACAUCUACGACCUCUUCUUCAAGAGGAAAGCCAUCAGCAGAGAACUCUACGACUACUGUGUGAAGGAGGGCUAUGCAGACAAGAACCUCAUCGCCAAGUGGAAAAAGCAGGGCUACGAGAACCUGUGCUGCCUGCGAUGCAUCCAAACCCGCGACACCAACUUCGGAACCAACUGUAUCUGCAGAGUCCCCAAGAGCAAACUGGAAGUGGGUAAGAUCAUCGAGUGCACCCACUGUGGCUGCAGGGGAUGUUCUGGCUGAGACCUUCAACCAUCCUCAACUCAUCACGAACAAUCCCACCAGAGAGAGCUGCCUUCACGGGAACAUGUUUUGAUACCAGCACAGGAGAACACGUUUUCGGGGCCACUUGUUUGAUUGACAUCUUUUUUUUUUUUUUAAGUACAAUUUUUGUCCUGAGCAGGCCUGAAAUUCCAUCUAUUGUUAAUACUGAUUUUAUUGUGUUUAUAUCAGGAAAUGUGUUGAAUUUGAAUAAAAGUGGUUGACUUGC